AUGGAGUGUGGGAAAUGUUUUUCCAGCAAACAAAGUCUCAGAUCACACCAGUCGGCUCACACAGGGGUGAAGCCCUAUUCGUGUUCGGAAUGUGGGGAUGUUUUUCCCGGAAAAGGAGCCCUGAUCAGGCAUCAACGUGUGCAUACGGGAGAGAAGCCAUAUUCCUGUUCGAAGUGCGGGAAAUGUUUUGUGACCAGAGCUCAUCUUAUCUAUCACGAGAAGUCUCACAUGUCUGAAAAACCCUUUUCCUGUUCUGAAUGUGGAAAGUCCUUCACUCAGAGAGGGAGCCUUAUUUCACACCAGAGAUGUCACACGGGGGAAAAGCCAUUUUCGUGUUCCGAAUGUGGCAAAUGUUUUCCCCACAAAGAUACUCUUGUUAAACACCAGAGAUGUCACACGGGGGAAAAGCCGUUUUCAUGCCAGGAGUGCGGAAAAUGUUUUCCUCAGAAAAAUUAUCUCAUUAGACACCAGAGAUGCCACACGGGAGAAAAGCCGUUUUCAUGCACUGAGUGCGGGAGAUGUUUUUCCACCAUACAAAAUCUUAUUUCACACAAGAGAACUCACACAGGAGUGAAGCCAUAUUCAUGUUCAGAAUGUGGGAGAUGGUUUUCCUGGAAAAAAGCUCUGAUCAGGCAUCAGCAUUUGCACUCUAGAGAGAGUCUCCAAGUCCCAUCUUCUCUAUCACAAGAAGACUUGUCAUCAACCUACCUUAUUAAAACACCAAAUGCAUGUUCCGAGUGCGGGAAAGGUUUUACUCGGAAAUAUUCUCUUAUGACGCACAGAAGAGUUCACACGGGAGAGAAGCCAUAUUCAUGUUCACAGUGCGGGAAAUGUUUCGCCCUGUUGACCACUCUUAUUAGACACGAGCGAACCCACUCUGGAGAGAAGCCAUUUUCAUGUCCCGAUUGCGGGAAAUGCUUUAGACAGAAAUCAGAUGCCGUGAUACACCAGAGAAUUCACUCUGGCGUGAAGCCAUUUUCAUGUUCCGAGUGCGGAAAAUGUUUUGCCUGUAAGGGAGCUCUGAUCUCGCAUCAACGCGCACACAGGGGCGAGGGGCCCUAUUCAUGUGCCGAAUGCGGUAAAUGUUUUUCUCAAAAAAGCGAUCUCAUUAGACACCAGAGAUGUCACACCGGAGAGAAGCCGUUUGCCUGCACGGUGUGUGGGAGAUGUUUUUCCACCACACAAAAUCUAACUUCACACCUGAGAACUCACACCGGAAAAGUUCUUAGUGAACAUCAAAGCAGAAUGAAACCAUUUUCUUGUACCGAAUGUGGGAAAAGUUAUAAUUCCAAAGCAUCUCUUAUAAGACACCAAAGAGCUGACACGGGGGAGAAGCCACAUACAUGUGCAGAAUGUGGGAAGUCUUUCUGCCUGAGGACCAUUCUCAUUAAACAUCAGAGGACCCAUUCUGGGGAGAAACCGUAUUCGUGUCCUGAGUGCGGGAAAUGCUUCCGGCAGAAAUCGGCUGCAGUGAUGCACCAGAGGACUCACACCGGAUUGAAGCCGUUUUCAUGUUCUGAAUGUGGGAAAUGCUUUGCCACCAAACGCGCCUUGAUCAAACAUCAGCCUGUGCACACGGGGGAAAAGCCGUUUUCGUGCCCCGAGUGCGGAAAAUGUUUUCCCCACAAAAUGAGUCUCACUAUUCACCAGAGAUGUCACACGGGGGAAAAGCCGUUUCCCUGCACUGAAUGUGGGAAAAGCUUUACUUCGAAAGGGUCCCUCAUCAGACACACAAGAGUUCACACGGGAGAGAAGCCAUAUAAAUGUUCAGAGUGCGGGAAGUGCUUUUCUCUGGUGUCUAGUCUCAUUAAACACGAGAGGAUACACACUGGAGAGAAACCGUUUUCAUGUCCUGAAUGCGGGAAAUGCUUUAGACAGAAAUCAACUGCAGUAAUGCACCAGAGAACUCACACUGGACUGAAGCCGUUUUCAUGCUCCGAAUGUGGAAAAUCUUUUCCCAGGAAACGCGCCUUGAUGAGACAUCAACCUAAGACAUUUUUAUGUUCCGAAUGCGGGAAAAAUUUCCCCAAUAAAGCUCAUCUUAAGAUACACCAAAGAAAUCACACAGGGGAAAAGCCUUAUUCCUGUUCGGAGUGUGGGAAAUGUUUUACCCUAUCAUCCAUUCUUAUUAAACACGAGAGAACGCACACUGGAGAAAAGCCAUUUUCAUGUCCUGAAUGUGGAAAAUGUUUUACACAGAAAUAUUCUUUAACAAUGCACCAGAAAAUUCACGCCGGAGUGAGGCCAUUUUCAUGUUCUGAAUGUGGAAAAUGUUUUCCCCGGAAACUAGCCUUGAUCUACCAUCAACGUGUCCACACGGGAGAGAAGCCCUUCUCCUGCCUGGAAUGUGGGAGAUGCUUUUCCAUACUGCAUAGUCUUACUAGACAUCAGAGGACACACACGGGAGAGAAACCAUAUUCAUGUCCUGAGUGUGGGAAAUGUUUCUCUGAGAAGAGCAAUCUCAUUACACACGAGAGAAGUCACACAGGGGAGAAGCCGUAUUCCUGCACCGACUGUGGAAAAAGUUUUUCCACUACGGCAAAUCUAACUUCGCACCGGAAAACUCACACUGAAGGACCACCAUCACUACAGCCUUCCACUGAUCUGGGUUUUAUGGCAGAAAGCCGUUUUCAUGCUCUGAAUGUGGAAAGUCUUAUGCUCAGAGAGGAAACCUCAUUUUCCACCUCAGAUCUCACACGGGAGAGAAGCCGUUUUCAUGCCCCGAGUGCGGGAAAUGUUUUCCCCACAAGGACAGUCUUAUUAAACACCAGAGAUGUCACACGGGGGAGAAGCCGUUUUGCUGCGCGGAAUGCGGGAGAUGUUUUUCCUGCAGACAAAGCCUUAUUUCGCACCAGCUGGCUCACGUGGGGGCGAGGCCGUAUUCCUGUUCGGAAUGUUGGAGAUGUUUUUCUAGGAAAAAAAACCUAA